AUGAAGCUCUCUCAAGUCAACUCGCUUCCCUACGAGGACUUUGUGAACAUUUUCGGCAACGUGGUCGAGAAGUGCCCUUUCGUGGCGGCUGCCGUGUGGUCCCAACUUCCCUUUGCCGAUGUCGACGCUUUCGAGAGGGCCAUUUGUGACUUCAUUGAUUCUAUGCCUGAUUUGGGUAAAGAAGGAAUCCUCAGGUGCCAUCCGGAUCUGGCGGGACGGGACCUCGAGACGGGCGCUUUGACUCAAGAAUCCAGGAGCGAACAGGCGACGGUGGCGCUGGACGCACUGAGCUCAGACGAGUCCUGCACAAUGUUCUGCUUAAAUGAAGAGUACAAGGAGCGCUUCAGCUUUCCCUUCGUCAUCUGCGCCCGCAUGAACGACAAGGCCAGCAUUUUUCAGGAGAUGCGCACUCGCAUGACAAACGGCUGCGUGACGGAGAGGGAACGCGGGAUUGAGGAGGUCAAAAAAAUAUCCUGUCUGCGUCUUCGGGACCUUGUUCAGUCUGACACCGAAUCACAGUUUUGA